CCGCUCUGGGUGCCCAGGUUACCUGCUGCAUUCCAUUCGCUGUGACACUACUGGGCACAGUUCUGCAUACCAGGACUCUGUAUAUCUCAGGAAUCUGUACAUUUGCAGAAGUAAGAAGAAAAUGACCACAUUUAAGGAGGCAGUGACGUUCAAGGAUGUGACUGUGGUAUUCACAGAGGAGGAGCUGGAGCUGUUGGACCUGUCCCAGAGGAAGCUGUACCGAGACGUGAUGCUGGAGAACUUCCGGAACCUGGUCUCAGUGGGAGGCAAGAUCCUAUAUGAGAUGGAGACUGUUCCAGAACCAGAACCACAUGAAGAACUUUCCUGCUGGCAAAUAUGGCAACAAAUUGCAAGUGACCUAAUCAGGAGUCAAGACAUGAUAAAGUGUUCUCAGUUCCCCAGAUAUGGUGAUUUGACCAGCCAGGUUGGGGCAGGACUAUAUAUAACUCACACAGGCCAGAAAUCUGACUGGGGAAAUGAAUGUAAAACAUUCUUUAGUGGUAGCUCCAACUUUUAUCUUCCUCAAAAAAUACACUCAGGAGAGAAGUCUCACACAUGUGGUGAGUGUGGAAAAAGCUUCUUCCAUAGCUCAGCACUCCGUAUUCAUCAGAGAGUUCACUUGGGAGAGAAAUGCUAUAAGUGUGAUAAGUGUGGUAAGGAAUUCAGUCAGAGUUCACGUCUGCAAACACAUCAGAAAGUCCACAGUGUAGAGAAGCCAUUCAAAUGUGAGCAGUGUGGGAAAGGCUUCAGUCGUAGGGCAACACUUAGUGACCAUUGCAAAUUACACUCGGGAGAGAAACCUUAUAAGUGUGAGGAGUGUGGGAGGGCCUUCAUUCAUGCUUACCACCUUCACAACCAUCAGAGAGUCCAUACUGGGGAAAAACCGUUCAAAUGUGAUAUAUGUGGGAAGAACUUCCGUCGUAGAUCAGCGCUUAAUAGUCAUUGUGUGGUCCACACGGGAGAGAAACCAUACAAAUGUGAAGAAUGUGGGAAGUGCUUCAGCUGGUGCUCACAUCUUCAUAUUCAUAAGAGUAUCCACACGGGACAGAAACCAUACAAAUGUGACCAGUGUGGAAAGAGCUUCUAUUCUAGGGCAGAUCUUUAUUACCAUCAGAGAAUUCACAGAGAUGAAAAACCCUAUAAUUGUGAGGUAUGUGGGAAGAGCUACAGAUGGGCCUCACAUCUUUUGGCCCAUCAACGAGUCCACAGUGGAGAAAAACCAUUCAAAUGUGAAGGGUGUGGGAAGAGAUUUGGUCGGAAAUCAUAUUUGCAAGCUCAUCAAAAAGUCCACGCCAGAGAAAAGCCAUACAAGUGUGAGGAGUGUGGGAAGGGCUACGAGACAAGCUUGGAUCUUGCUGUGCACCGGAGCAUCCACACGGGAGAGAAGCCAUAUACAUGCUGGGUGUGUGGUAAGCACUUAAGUAGGGCUUCACACCUUAAACUUCAUCAGAGAGUCCAUACUGGAGAGAAACCAUACAAAUGUGAUGUGUGUGGUAAGUUCUUUACUCAGUUUUCACAUCUACAGUCUCACCAGAAAGUUCACACAAGGGAGAAACCUUACAAAUGCGAGGUAUGUGGUAAGCACUUCAGGUCAAGUUCAUACUUUAAAAUUCAUAACAGAAGCCAUAUUGGUGAUAAAUUUCGUCCAUUCUCAGAGGAAGGAAAACGUUUGUUUCACUAAAGUGAAUAUUUCAGCCAUAGUGCAACAUAUCCAGUGAUUCUGGGAUCACACAAAUAGGGUAAGGGCGUGAGGGCAGGGAGUUUGUUUGCUGCUGAACCUACACAACCUUAACAUUGAUUAGUACUUUGUAUAUGUAUUCAGUACUCGUUUGUUUAAAUCAAUCAGGGGGAGAAAAUACAUAAUAUUUAAAAAGGAAAUCUGCAAAAAUAAACAAUUCAGAGAAACGAAUGAGUUGAAAUGCAGAAAUACACUAGGCACCGCAUGCCACAGUAUUAUUUUGUUAGUAUCCUUGCAGUUGGCUCCUGUCCUACCUUCUGGCUCUGUACUGAGGCUGGGUUUUUAUUUAUUUGCGUUUGUCUGGUGUUACAUUGGUAUAUAUAGUAUGAAUUCAUCUCAUUUUUUAUUUUUCUCACAAUGCAGACAAACAGUUUUAACUUUGCAAUAACUAGCUAUUGCACAUACCACAAUUGAAAUUUUCAGCAGUGUAAAGGCAAGGGUUCACAGUAACCCAUUACCAGUAUCAGAUUUAGUGCCAAUGAUAAAAGUUGUAUUAAUCUUGAAUUCAUUGAAUUUUAGACUUAUGUAUUUCCAUGCAGACUUUGAUAUGAUUGCCUUCUAAUUGUAGCAUUUCUUUUGUCAAACUUCUCUGGUAGGGGCUAUACCAAAUUUGAAGGAUGUUUAGUUCCUCAACUUCUUAUAUUCUUCCCUUAUCCUCAUGAAAUAAAUACCAGAAAAAUUUGUUGGGACUUUGUAAUUUCAUCAGAUGUAUUCAUUACUGAUGUGGGAAUGUCUACAUGCUUUUUUUGUAAAAUACAUCUUUAUUACAAGAGUGUGUAAGGUGCAACUCUUUGACUUAAAAAUCCUAGUAUGAGAAUUUAAGAUUAUGAGAUUCAAAUAAUGAAAAAUCAGUAAUGCUACAAUUUUUAGAAUGGAAAUAACAAGUGUUCAUCAAUAGGAACACCUGUUUCUUUGACACACUGUGACUAAUUUUAAAAUAAUGG